CCAGUCGCCAUAGAAGCAAUAAAACAUGAGAAUUAAAUGCUCUACUGACGGUGCACAUGCUAUUUUAGAAGCCGCUGCGGACGGAAAUUUGGACUUUCUGGCGCAGGUCUCCGAUGCUGAUCUGCAUCAGGCUCGGUGUUUGUCGGGGUGUACCGCCUUACACUGGGCGGCUGGCUGCAACCAGGUCGACACAGUCCGUGCUCUGAUCCAACAUCGACUCUUGGAUGUAGAUGUGGCCGCAUCUCGCAAGGCCCGGGGGCGAACUCCUUUACACUACGCAUGUCGGAACGGCUGCCGUGUCGUUGUCAAGCUCUUGAUAGAAACCUUCGGGGCCGACCCCAACGUCAAAGCCAAGCACGGUGUAACACCAUUUCAACUGGCUGUUUGGCGGAACAACGCCGACAUUUGUAGAUAUCUUGUCAGCAGUCACGAUGUCGACCCUUCUCAAGUAAACAAUUUUGAUUGUGGGGCAAUGCAUUGGCUAGGAAUUGCUCCUAUAGAUCGCGCAGGAUCGGAUGAGGACGGCAUGGCACUGAUUCCUUUAGCAUCUUGGCUAGUUUCGCAAAUAGACCUUAAACUUUACGCUCGGCAACGACAAGGGCACUCCGCCUUGCAUAAGGCGGCAUGGGGCGGGCAUUUGGCGCUCUGUCGGUACCUGCACGAAGUCCAUGCUUUCUGGGACGACACGCCAGACUUGGCCGGCAACUACGCUGCCGAUCUUGCCGAUAUGGCGCAAACGUUGCGCCACGCGAAAGUUGCCACAUACUUACGUGAGUCUUGUAGCCGGGAAAGUUCCGAAAGCUGCGCUGUCUUGGGGAUCCCCGAAGGUGAAGCUUCCAAUGAUGCCCUGAUUCGGAGAGUGUAUCUUACGGCCGUUAAGGAUCAUCACCCCGACAAGGGUGGAGAUGAGAGCCGAUUUCAUGCUAUCCAGAAUGCGUAUCGUCACUUGUCCAUCAAUCAAGGUCGAGGAAUCCUGCAAACCAGUCGAGUCGAAACAAGCUGA